GGGCUUUACAGGCUGAUCAUUCUCAGCCAACCCGGCUGCUCUUAUGAGCUCCACGUUUGUUGCUGUCGUUUAACCAUGUACUGCCUCAAAGCUCUGCGACUGUCAGAACUUCUACAAGUUAUUUCCAAAAAUACAAAUGCGAUGAGGAAUUUUCUCUCCAUACAUCCAGCAUGUUGUUUGGUCAGAAAUUCAACAACUACAUUUCAGCGACGAACUUACACCCACGCGGAUCAUUUCCAUAAUAAAAUGAACAUGCAUUCCACAUCUCCCAGUUCAGGAGUGGAAAACAUGCUUUUCUACACCAUCACCGAAGGAAGAGACCAAGUGCCCAUUUCAUACUUUAAUGCUGCCCUGAAAAAAACUGGCCUUCAGCCGUCAGACCCUCGGCUCAGAGAGUGCAUGGAGAAGCUUCGACAGGCUGUGACGGACUCUGUUGGUGAGGUGAUGAUGGAUAGAGACCUUUUCCACAGAUGUGUCGGUGGCAACAUCGUUCUGCUGAUCCAGGCCUUCCGAAAAAAAUUCAUCAUCCCUGAGUUUGAUGUGUUUGCAGAGAAAAUCAAUGAAAUCUACAAGACAGUGCAAGAACAAAGUGAUGGGAAGGUUGCUGACUACAUCCCUCAGCUGGCCAAGUUCAGUCCAGAAUUAUGGGGUGUUUCUUUAUGUACAGUUGAUGGGCAGAGGCACUCUGUUGGUGACACAAAGCAGCCCUUCUGUCUGCAGUCAUGUGUGAAGCCCUUGCAGUAUGCCAUCGCUGUCCAUGAAUCUGGAACAGAGAAGGUUCACAACUAUGUUGGCAUGGAGCCCAGUGGUCACAAGUUCAAUGUUCUUUCUCUUGAUGAGGAAGAUAAGCCUCACAACCCCAUGGUGAAUGCUGGAGCCAUUUUGAUCAGCUCUCUUAUCAAGCCUCUUUCAAAUAAGGCAGAAAAGUUUGACUAUGUUAUGGAGUUUGUGAAAAAGAUGGCCGGCCAAGAAUAUGUUGGAUUUAGCAAUGCCACGUUUCAGUCAGAAAAGGAAACUGGUGACAGAAAUUUUGCUAUUGGUUACUACAUGAAAGAGAAGAAGUGUUUUCCUUCAGGAGCUGAUAUGAUUGAUGCCCUCGAUUUUUACUUCCAAGUAAGACUCUUUGUUCUCAUCAAAAAGGUGCUUUGUUCCGUUGAGGUGUCCUGUGAAUCAGGAAGUGUCAUGGCUGCUACUCUGGCUAAUGGAGGGAUCUGUCCAAUCACAGGCGAGCGAGUCUUGAGUGCAGAGGCAGUGAGAAACACGUUGAGCCUCAUGCACUCCUGUGGCAUGUAUGACUUCUCUGGCCAGAUGGCUUUUCAUGUGGGCUUACCGGCAAAAUCCGGAGUGUCUGGUGCAAUACUGCUGGUGAUCCCUAAUGUAAUGGGAGUGAUGUGUUGGUCCCCACCUUUGGACAGAGUUGGGAACAGUGUUCGGGGAAUACACUUCUGUCAGGAGUUGGUUUCACAGUUCAAUUUUCACAAUUACGACAACCUGAGGCACUUUGUAAAGAAGAAAGACCCCCGCCGGCAGGAUGGAGAUGACAGGAACAAGUCUGUUUUCAACUUAAUGUUUGCUGCUUUCAGUGGGGAUGUGUCAGCACUGAGAAGAUUUGCCCUUUCAACUAUGGACAUGGAUCUGAAAGACUACGACUCCAGAACAGCACUACACAUUGCUGCAGCAGAGGGUCAUGUAGAUGUUGUAAAGUUCCUCAUUGAUACCUGCAAAGUUGAUCCAUUUGUUCAAGACAGGUGGGGGAACCUUGCAGUUGAUGACGCUAUGCAGUUUGGACGUGAAGAAGUUGCGAAGAUGCUAAGAGAAUACCAAGACUGGAAACAGCAGGAAAUGCAACACGGUGAGGCUGAACAUCCCCGAAAACUGGAUACAAUCGAGGGCAUGGUGUGAUAGCUUUAAAGCAGAAUAGUAGCGUGUCAGCACAUUUGUGAAACCUAUGUGAACUUGUGGAAGCUCAUUGUUAAACUUGAACCAAGCACCAAACCAAAAAAUCCUGACUAAAUGAUUUUUUGUAUUGAACUACGCAUACUGUAGCAAAUAUAUCAAGGGUGUAAGCCAGGGGUCUCAAACUUCAGUCCUCGAGGGCUGCAGUCCUGCAACAUUUAGAUGUGCCUCUACUGCACCAUACCUGAA